AUGAGAAACGCGAAUUCCACCUAUCGAAGCAUUAGCAUUACGCAGCGCGACAACGGUCCACCAGUGUGGUGGAUUGCGCGCACUGGGCCAGGAGUGAUUUUUAUUGACGAUAUUUUUAGAUCCAAGCGAAGCGACGAUCCAUACAUCUUCGAGUUUACCAAGGCAGCUUACGAAUUGGAUUUCCCUUUGAAUAGCCUGCAGAAUGUAUUUGUGCCCAAUAUCAACGAAACGAACGCCCUGUCAUGUAUCAAAAAGGUGUACAAAUCCCGCGAAGGACUUCGCUAUCCAUCCAGUACACAGCAGAUCUGGGAGCCUUCCUCGUCUGAGUUCAGUGCUCGGCUAGGGACUGGAAUAUGUAAAAUCGUUGCAGCGUUUGUUCUGUGUGCGUGGGGUCAAGGAAGAAAGCGAAUUGCGAGAAUCGUUACUUUCCACAUUGAUGCUGACGUCCACCAGCUUUACAUGGGGUUUGAUGUGGAGGAUAUAUGA